AUUUUUCUGUUUUACUCCUCAGUAUGCCUGUAGACACAUUAUCAAUCAGGAAUCGUUCUGCCAUUGGCCGCUUUCCAGCCGGUACUCUUCCACCGGAGGAUCCAGAGAAGGUGAAGCUAAAGAAGCCAGAGACGAAGUGGUCAUGUUGCACAUGGUUGCGCCAGAGCUGCCUCCGCUGCUGCUGCCGCAAAACAACAGAUGAUGGCGUCACAGGUGGACCUACAGAAACCACCGAGAUGCCAGAGACAGGUACCAUACUGGAAGUGCGUUCAAUAGACCUUCUCAAAUCCAACAAAGAACCGAACCGACUUGAGCAUCACACAGAUCGCUACCGCAGCGAAAACCUCAUUAUCCGCAGAGGCCAGACCUUUCAGAUGUUGAUCGAGCUCUCAAGACCUAUCAACUUGAAGACAGAUAAACUUCACUUAGAUUUGAAACUAGGUAAUCUCCCAGAUGUGUCCAAAGGCACACAUGUGAUUGUUCCUUUGGUUGAGGAUCUGCAGGAUAACUGCUGGGAGGCCAAGAUAGUUGAACAGAAAGACAAAAAAAUCAAACUGCAUGUCAACUCUCUGCCAACUGCUGCUAUUGGCAAAUACAGGCUCGGUGUUGCAACACGUUCCACAACGGGCGAGGCCAUGUCUCCGUACAGUCCUGACAAUGACAUCUACAUGCUGUUCAACCCCUGGUGUGAAGGCGACUCUGUGUACAUGGAUAAUGAGGAAGAGAGGAAAGAGUAUGUUUUAAAUGACAUGGGAAUAAUCUAUUACGGAACUGACAACCAGAUCGGAGACAGGCCGUGGAAUUUUGGCCAGUUUGAUAAUGGCAUCCUUCCAUCGUGUCUGUAUUUGCUGGAGCACAGUGGUACCCCAGCAUCAGGAUGGGGAGAUCCUGUCAAUGUGGUCAGGCUUUUGUCUGCAAUGAUUAACUCUCCUGAUGACAACGGUGUGUUGAUAGGCAACUGGUCAGGUACGUACGAUGAUGGCAUGGCCCCCACGUUCUGGAGCGGCAGCAGUGACAUCCUGAGACAGUACUACGAGAACGGAGGAACACCGGUCAAAUACGGACAGUGCUGGGUCUUUUCUGGGGUCACCACCUCAGUGAUGAGGUGUUUAGGGAUUCCCACCCGGAGCGUUACAAACUUCGAGUCUGCUCAUGACACAGAUGUUUCCUUGACGACAGAUGUGUAUUUAGAUGAGAAUUAUGAGCCGAUUGAGGAGCUUAAUCGAGAUUCUGUCUGGAACUUCCAUGUGUGGAAUGACUGCUGGAUGGCCCGUCCAGAUCUACCCGAGGGUUUGGGGGGUUGGCAGGCAGUAGAUGCCACGCCUCAAGAGACCAGUCAGGGCGUUUUUCGCUGUGGUCCCGCUUCUGUCGCAGCUAUCCGGAAUGGACAAGUUUACCUCAAGCAUGACACACCAUUUGUAUUUGCAGAGGUGAACAGUGAUAAAGUCUACUGGCAGCGGACUGCUGAUGGCACCUUCACUCCCGUCCAAGUUAAGAAGAAAGCAGUCGGUCACUGCAUCAGCACUAAAGCAGUUGGCUCUGAUGGACGGGAGGACAUCACGCACCUCUACAAAUACACGGAAGAUUCAGAGGAAGAACGCAUUGCUGUGGAAACAGCCUGUCAGUAUGGCUCUAAAUCAGGGAUGUACGAUGUCUCCAGUGCGGAUGACGUCACCGUUCAGAUCACCAUCGAUGGAGAAGAGCCUCAGCUUGGAGCAGACGCCAAACUGGCCGUCACGGUGAAGAACACAAGUGCAGAACAGCGCACUUUCAACCUCCACAGCCAGGUGGCUGUUAUAUACUACACUGGGGUGUAUAAAUCUACAGUGAAGAAAGACGAGAUACCCAUCGAACUCCAACCCAAUGAAGUUGACACUGUGGAGUGGUGUCUGCCAUAUGAGCACUAUAAAGACCAGCUGGUGGACCAGGCCAUGCUGAUGGUCACUCUUACUGGACGGGUCACACAGACCAAACAGGUUCUGGCUACCCAGUUUCGCUUCAGACUGCGCACACCAGACAUAGUCAUCAAACCCGGUGGAGAUGCUGCAGUAGUUGGGAAAGAGUUCAAGGUCACGAUCGUUUUCCAGAACCCACUUAAGCGCACACUGAAGAACGUGAAGUUUCGCAUUGAAGGGUUGGGAUUGCAGAGUGUCAGGGAGGUUUCCUGCGGAGAUAUACAAAGCUUGGCCACGGUGACACUGACAGAGAAGUUUAUUCCCUCUGAGGCUGGGCCACAGAAACUUCUAGCUUCACUCGACUGCCGUCAACUACCUCAGGUGCAUGGAGUCGCCAACAUCGAUGUCAAAGCAAUGUGAACAAUUUCAGUGGCUCUGAAUCUCAUUUGGAAGAUCUCCAUCCAGGAAAAUCUUUCCUAGCCAUGUCUGAAGA